AUGGCGACAAAAGUAACUCCCCAUUCCAACAAGGGAAAGCUCCCAACACGAAUAUGCUCCUGUGGAAACAAGAUAUUGGCCAAGGACACCAUGCUUGGUGUGCUCCGCUUGCAUUGGGCUGCAACAUGCCCAGGAAGAGUUAGCCUCCCCCGGGCUCCUGUCCACACUGUGUCGAUAUAGGACUCGUUUUACUGUGGAUAUAGAUACUUUUGUACCUGUUUCCUCCAGCAUCUUCAACAAGGUCCUUUGCUGUUUGUUCUGGGAUUGAUUUGGCACUUUUCGCCACCAAAGUACGUUAAUCUCUAGGAGACAGAACGCGUCUCCUUCCUGAGCGAUAUGACGGCUGCGUGGUCCCAUUGUCAGGGGUGCUGAAGGUGGGUGUGGUGCAGGAAUCAAGCGCAGGAUGCAGAAGCUAAGUCCAAAAGACUUUAGUAAAUUAUUCACGUAGUAAACGAGCACAAUAAGCCCGGAGGCGAAAUAAAUGCGCACACAGGCGUCAAACAAAAGGCGCACUAACAUGUGCGAAAACCUCUCCAAACAACGGAGGGAAGUACGUAGCUCAGAACACCAAAACAGAAAGAGCAAUCACACACAACAUCAUACACACACAACGAGAACUAAAUAGGACACUAAUGAGGACUAACUAGACACAGGUGUACAACAUCAAGACAAAACCAAACGAACAUGAAACAUAGAUCGGUGGCAGCUAGACUCCGGGGACGACGACCGCCGAAACCUGCCCGAACAAGGAGAGGAGCAGCCUCGCCGAAACCGUGACAGUACCCCCCCCCCUUUACGCGCGGCUCCAGCCGUGCGCCGACCCCGGCCUCGGGGACGACCAGGAGGGCGCGGAGCAGGGCGCACGGGAUGGUCCUGGUGGAACUCCGGGUACCAUCCUGAGAAGAGAAGAGACACAUGGAACGAGGGGUUAAUAUUCUUAUAUUCAACAGGCAGAUGUAACCUAUAACACACCUCGUUCAAUCUUCUCAGGACUUUAAAAGGCCCCACAAACCGCCGACCCAGCCUUCCGGCAGGGGCAGGCGGAGGGGUAGGUUUUCUGGUAGAGAGGCCAGACUCGAUCUCCGGGUGCGUACACCGGCCCCUCACUGCGGUGGGAUAUCGUGCGCUCGCCUUGUGACGACGGAUGGCCCGCUGCAGGUGGAUGUGUGCAGCGUUCCACGUCUCCUCGAGCGCCUCAUCCAAUCAUCCACCGCAGGGGCCUCGAUCUGGCUCUGCUGCCAAUGUGCCAGAACCGGCUGGUAACCUAACACACAUUGGAAGGGGGUUAGGUUGGUAGAGGAGUGGCGGAGAGAGUUCUGGGCCAUCUCGGCCCAGGGAAUGUACCGAGCCCACUCCUCAGGCCGGUCCUGGCAAUACGACCUCAGAAACCUACCCACAUCCUGGUUGACUCGUUCUACCUGCCCGUUACUCUCCGGGUGGUACCCUGAGGUAAGGCUCACCGAGACCCCCAAACGCUCCAUGAACGCUCUCCAAACUGGGGCCCUCGAUCAGACACUAUAUCCUCGGGUACCCCGUAAUGCCAGAAGACGUGGGUAAAUAGUGCCUCUGCGGUUUGUAGGGAAGUAGGAAGACCCGACAUAGGGAGAAGACGACAGGCCUUAGAGAACCGGUCCACAACGACCAGGAUGGUGGUAUUCCCCUGAGAGAGGGGAAGGUCUGUCACAAAAUCCACCGAGAGGUGGGACCAUGGUCGUUGUGGAACGGGCAGGGGUUGUAACUUACCCCUGGGCAGGUGUCUGGGAGCCUUACACUGGGCGCACACCGAGCAGGAGGAGACAUAAACCCUCACAUCCCUGGCUAACGUGGGCCACCAGUAUUUAGUGCUAAGACAAUGCACUGUCCGGCCAAUACCCGGAUGUCCAGAGGAGGGUGACGUGUGAACCCAGUAAAUGAGUUGAUCCCGAAUCUCGAGCGGAACGUACUUCCGACCCUCAGGACACUGUGGAGGGCUGGGGUCGGUACGCAACGCUCGCUCGAUUUCGGCAUCGACCUCCCACACCACCGGUGCCACAAGACAAGACUCCGGUAGUAUGGGAGUAGGCUCAACGGACCUCUCCUCCAUGUCAUACCGCCGGGACAGCGCAUCUGCCUUACCAUUCUGGGACCCAGGGAUGUACGUGAUUUUAAAUACGAACCUGGCGAGAAACAUGCUCCAUCGAGCCUGGCGAGGGUUCAGUCUCCUCGCUGCCCGGAUGUACUCCAGGUUCCGAUGGUCAGUCAAAAUGAGGAAAGGGUGUUGAGCCCCCCUCAAGCCAAUGCUUCCACACCUUAAGGGCCUGAACUACAGCUAACAGCUCCCUGUCCCCGACGUCAUAAUUUCGCUCCGCCGGGCUGAGCUUUUUAGAGUAAAAAGCACAGGGGCGGAGUUUAGGUGGCGUGCCGGACCGUUGAGAGAGUACGGCCCCUAUACCGGCCUCAGACGCGUCCACCUCGACCUGAAAGGGUAAUUCGGGGUCCGGAUGCGCCAGCACCGGAGCCGACGUAAACAGGUCCUUCAGUCUCCUAAAGGCCCUGUCCGCAUCAGCUGACCACUGCAGGCGCACCGGACCCCCUUUCAGAAGGGACGUGAUGGGAGCUGCCACCUGUCCAAAACCCCCGGAUAAACCUCCGGUAGUAAUUCGCAAAGCCCAAGAACUGCUGCACCUCUUUGACAGUGGUUGGGGUUUGCCAAUUACGCACAGCUGACACACGAUCCACCUCCAUUCUCACCCCUGACGCGGACACCCGAUAGCCCAAAAAGGAGACCGACUCCUGGAAAAACAGACAUUUCUCUGCCUUGACAUAUAGGUCGUGCUCCAAAAGCUUCCUCAAACACGACGCACCAGGGCUAUAUGCUCGGCUCGGGUAGACGAGUACACUAGAAUGUCAUCAAUGUACACGACCACCCCUUGCCCCAUAUGGCAUGACGAGAUACUCGAAAUGACCUGACAUGGUACUUAACGCUGUUUUCCAUUCGUCGCCCUCCCUAAUGCGCACCAAGUUAUACGCGCUCCUGAGAUCCAGUUUUGUGAAAAACCGCGCUCCAUGCAAUGACUCCGUCAUGGUCGCAAUCAGAGGGAGUGGAUAACUGUAUUUCACAGUAAUCUGAUUGAGACCACGGUAAUCGAUGCACGGGCGCAACCCUCCAUCUUUUUUCUUCACAAAAAAGAAGCUUGAGGAGGCGGGAGAAGUGGAGGGCCGUAUGUAUCCCUGUCUCAAAGAUUCGGCUAUGUACGUUUCCAUAGCUUUUCUCUCCUCUUGAGACAAAGGAUACACGUGGCUCCGUGGGAGCGCUGCUCCUGCCUGGAGAUCAGUCGCACAAUCCCCCUGUCUAUGAGGAGGCAACUGCGUCGCCCUAGCUUUACUAAACACGAGAGCUAAAUCCCCAUAUUCAGGCGGAAUGUGCAGUGCGGGCACUUGGUUUGGACUUUCCACCGAAGUCGCCCCUACGGAAACACCCAGACAUCGCCCCUCACACUGAGCAGACCACCCAUUGAGAGCCCUCUGUUGCCACGAAAUAGCAGGGUUAUGGGUGCUUAACCAGGUAAUUCCCAGCACCACCGGGUACGCAGGAGAGUCAAUCAGAUACAACUGUAUAGUCUCCUCAUGACCCCCCUGCGCACACAUCCUAAGUGGCGCUGUGACUUCCCUAAUCAACCCCGACCCCAACGGGCGGCUAUCUAAAGCAUGAACGGGAAAAGGCUUGUCAACAGGUAGGACAGGGAUCCCUAAAUCUAAACAAAACUUCCGAUCAACAAAAUUCCCAGCUGCGCCUGAAUCUACUAGCGCCUUAUGCUGGGAAUGAGGUGCAACCUGUGGAAAACAAACAGGUAUACAAAAGUGCGCAACAGAGAGCUCUGGGUAAGUGGGGCGUCUACUCACCUGGUAAGGCUCCCUAGUGCGUGGCCUGUUGUCUCCUCCCUCGGGGAACCCUCCCCAGCACCUGGCCGCAGUGUGCCCUCCACGACCGCACUUGGUGCAGGGGACAGGCCCCCUCGGGCUCCUCCUCCUCCUUUCUCUAGCGCCAGCACCCCCGAGCUCCAUAGGGCUCGGCUCGGAGGUGCCGGAGGGUGGAAUGGACGGACCCCACUCGGGACGUCCACGGGUGGCCAGCAGGGUGUCCAGACGGAUGGACAUAUCGACCAACUGGUCGAAGGUGAAAUUGGUGUCCCUGCAGGCCAACUCACGUUGAACGUCCUCCCGUAGGCUACAUCGAAAAUGGUCGAUGAGGGCCCGUUCAUUCCACCCUGCGUCUGCCGCUAGAUUCCGGAACUCCAGCGCGAACGCCUGUGCGCUCCUCCUCCCCUGUCUCAGGUGGACUAGACGCUCCCCCGCCGCUUUGCCCUCAGGUGGAUGGUCGAACACGGCCUUGAAGCGACGGGAGAACUCGGCGUAGGAGAUGGUGGUGGCGUCCAUCCUCCUCCACUCGGCGUUGGCCCAUUCCAACGCCUUGCCCGUGAGACAGGAGAUGAGGGUGGAAACGCUCUCGUGUCCCGAGGGCACCGGGUGUACAGUGGCCAGGUAGAGCUCCACCUGCAGGAGGAACCCCUGACACCCGGCAGCUGUUCCGUCAUGCGCCCUCGGGAGCGAGAGCCGAAUCCCACUGGGUUCCGGACCUGGGACUGGUGGACCGGCCGAUGGGGGUGGCAGGGUAGGUGGAGGUGUGGGUACCCCUCUGGACUCCCAUCGGUGCAGGGUGUUGAUGACGUCCUGUAGAGCGGUCCCCAGUUGUCGUAUCUGGUCAUCCUGGCCGCGGACAUGCUCCUCCAGUGACUCAGGCGUGACUGUUGCUCCUGCUGAUUCCAUUAUUAAUGGUGUGUGAUUCUGUCAGGGGUGCUGAAGGUGGGUGUGGUGCAGGAAUCAAGCGCAGGACGCAGAAGCUAAGUCCAAAAGACUUUAGUGAAUUAUUCACGUAGUAAACGAGCACAAUAAGCCCGGAGGCGAAAUAAAGGCGCACACAGGCGUCAAACAAAAGGCGCACUAACAUGUGCGAAAACCUCUCCAAACAAUGGAGGGAAGUACGUAGCUCAGAACACCAAAACAGAAGAGCAAUCACACACAACAUCAUACACACACAACGAGAACUAAAUAGGACACUAAUGAGGACUAACUAGACACAGGUGUACAACAUCAAGACAAAACCAAACGAACAUGAAACAUAGAUCGGUGGCAGCUAGUACUCCGGGGACGACGACCGCCGAAACCUGCCCGAACAAGGAGGAGGAGCAGCCUCGGCCGAAACCGUGACACCCAUGGUGUUUAUACUUGCGUACUAUUGUUUGUACAGAUGAACGUGGUACCUUCAGGCGUUUGGAAAUUGCUCCCAAGGAUGAACCAGACUUGUGGAGGUCUACAAUUUUCUUCUGAGGUCUUGGCUGAUUUCUUUUGAUUUUCCCAUGAUGUCAAGAAAAGAGGCACUGAGUUUGAAGGUAGGCCUUGAAAUACAUCCACAGGUACACCUCCAAUUGACUCAAAUUAUGUCAAUUAGCCUAUCAGAAGCUUCUAAAGCAAUGACAUCAUUUUCUGGAAUUUACCGAGCUGUUUAAAGGCACAGUCAACUUAGUGUAUGUAAACUUCUGACCCACUGGAAUUGUGAUACAGUGAAUUAUAAGUGAAAUAAUCUGUCUAUAAACAAUUGUUGGAAAAAUUACUUGUAUCAUGUGCAAAGUAGAUGUCCUUACCGACUUGCCAAAACUAUAGUUUGUUAACAAGAAAUUUGUGGAGUGGUUGAAAAACAAGUUUUAAUGACUCCAACCUAAGUGUAUGUAAACUUCCGACUUCAACUGUAUGUGUACCUCUCGGGCUGCUGCGCUGUGAUUGUUGCUGCAGUGUGGAGGUGAAAACCUAAGGAUUUAUAAUGUUAUAAAGGGAUUCUGUAUGGAGAUAUGAAAGGAGAAAGUACUAUUUCCGAUUAUGCUGUUAAAUAGAACACUAGUGAACAUUUAAACCCAUGUAUGAAUAGAACACUGAUGUAGAGGAUGAAUUUGUGAUGUUGCACAAAUGUAUAAUGGCUUACUAGAGAUCUGAUGAAGUAACAAUAUAAAUAAUAAUAAUAAUAAUAAUAAUAAUAAUAAUAAUAAUAAUAAUAAUAAUAAUAAUAAUAAUAUACAACUUGAACACCCAGACGUAGAUGUACGUAAGUGGUGUAAAAAGUAUUCUAUUCAGAGUGGUCCCUUUAUGGAUCAUUUGAUAAAGAUGAGGUUAAAGCAUUGUACCGGACUUGAUUUACCCCUAACCAAUGAAACUAUACAAGCUUCUGAGAUUUCCUCCACCCUGGUAAUACAUUUUGAAAUAAGCCCAUACCCUGUUAAAUAAAACUAACGAUUUUCUGUAUUCACCUACUCAACCGUUUAAUGUGCUAAGUAGAGACUUAUUAUGGACAGAGCAUGCCAUCUACAGGGGACUGAUAGACAGUGCAACCCAGUUAAUCCAUAUUUAUCCCUCCAACGCAAUACAUAUGAAUCUUAAAAUAAUAAAUAUUGAAGCAGAAAGUGAAUCUCCAACAGAAAUUUGAAAUUAAUAUUGAGUAACUUUUGAAGGCAUACUAAGAUGAAAAUAAUGCCUUCCAAUAUGGAGAAAGUUAUUAUGUUUGUUUUGUUUUGUUUUAAACCUUGAAAAGGGGGAAAAGCAGAAUAUUGUUUGAGAGUGAUCCAUGUGUUUAAGCAGUAGUGAUUGAGGUAUUCCUAUUGUGAAGGGAGUCCAAGUUGAGGGAAACAGAAAUGGAGACUAGUGAAAGUAACAAAGUGAAUGGUAAUUGGCUUUCAGAUAGCAAUCCAAUAACGCAAUAUCUUAGUAAUUUGAAGAAGUAAGACAGACGGAUUGAGCAUUGCGAUUUAAAUUAGAGGCCACUCACUCAUCAAGGCCUGGUCCACUGCUCUUGUGUUUAAGUCAUCGGUUGUUUGUGAUUUAAGAUAAGCUUCCUGUGGAACAAUAGAUAGCCGCCAGUACACACUGAACUCAAACAGGCUGUAAGAGAGACAGAGGGGAAAUUUGGGACAGAGGUAUGAAUAAUUGAAUAAGACAAGUUUUUGACAAUUUCCAAUUAUUAUUAAUACAUUCUAUAGUUUGGGUAGCACCAGUGAUUUAAGUAAGAAGGUAAUGUAAUCUAAAACAAUAAUAUUUUCCCAUUACAUGGAAUUGUCUCCAGAAUGAAGUAGAUCCAAGUAAAUGUUUUAAGUACCGAAUAUUGAACUGAUAAGCCAGCACCAACCUUUUGAAGGUCCUAGCAGAUUUGUUAAACAACAGGUUUUAUAUUUUGACUAGUUUAUGACCCAGGGACAGUUUGUACAGAACAUGCUACAGGUCAAAAUGACAAUGAUUACAAGAGAGGGGCUCUGGGAUUGUUUACUUUGGAAGGUGCCUAUUCAGCUUGACGAGACACUGUAUCAUCUGAUGUGUCUGAAGUAUAAUUCUGUAUACGACUGAUGGAAUGUCCACUACCAAGUAAUUUUUUUUCAUGUUUAUCAAUGAUUCUGUAUCUCUCCCUUUGAAAGGCUUCCUAAGGCAAGUGCCUUGGAAGAGCCACUGAGGUCCUCGAGGUGCAGAAGAGAUGCAUCUAUGACAUCACCAACGUGCUGGAGGGCGUGCAGCUCAUCCGCAAGAAGGCCAAGAACAACAUCCAAUGGAUGGUGGGUGGCGUGUUCGAGGGCUCGGCCAGCGGCGGGGAGAAGUCAUGCGCCCUGAGGAAGGAGCUGGGAGAGCUGGAGAGGGCCGAGAAGGCCCUGGAAGACCUGAUCACGUCCAGCAGCACCCAGCUCAAUGAGCUGACCGAACACAGGGAGAACCAGCAGCUAGGCUACGUCACCUACCAGGACAUCAGGUCUAUAGCCAGCCUGCAGGACCAGACGGUCAUCGCCGUCAAGGUACUCAGGGGGCCCCCAACAGAUCUACCUGAAGAGUAAGAACGGGCCCAUUGAGGUGUACCUCUGUCCUGAGGAGGGUCUGGAGGAUGCCAGCCCCGUCAAGAGCACCACCACCCCCAGGAAAUACUACCCUCAUCACCCCCUGGGUCACACUGCCACCCCCUCCCCCGUCAUGGCACCACCACAGUACACCACUAUCAAACAGGGGCCCCAAUACACCAACGUCAAGCAGGAGCCCAUGGAAGCUGAACUCUCCAGACCUGCACCAGUAUCCCUCCCCAACACCUCCACCACCAACACCACCACCCUCCUGGAUGUUGAGGGCCUCCUGGCCCUGCCCCCCAGCCUGCUCCAGAUGACAGAGGACCAGCUCCCAGGCCCUGGGUUCACCCCCGACUCCAACGCCCCCUUCAUCAGCUUCUCGCCUCACCUCGACAACGACGACUACCUCUGGGGGCUGGAGGACGGCUAG